UACUCAAUGGCUUAACUGGGACAGGAAUGAAGCUUUUAUGUACAUGCAAAUAUACAUAGCCAGCUAACGCUAAACAAAUGAUGGAUUCAUCUCAAAGCGCCAGCCUUUUUGUUCUUUUGUACAGUAUUAACAAUAGUGGAGGGAGGGACGUGGUUUAAGUCGGAGAAACGAUGAAAAAGCUGGACAUUCUUUGAUUCUGAUGGGCGAGGACGCGAAGAGAAUUAAUUGCAGCAUAUUGUCACACACAAGGAGUUUUACAAACCUGGACAUGGACAGUCGAGAUACAGUCCAGGUGUUCUGGACGCGUAGUGGUCUUGUCCGAAUUUCUUAGCUGCGACUUUCAACAGCACAUAAGUCCAUUAGGGGGGAUUCCGUUGGCAUGCGUUCUUUACGGCCGUAGCCAAGUUAGUAUAGAGUUUUACGGGGGUCUGACUUAAUAUCAAGUAUACGUAAAUUGAAUAUAAACUAUCGAAGCCAAUGGCCACAAAAAAGAGGGGAAAAGUGUGCACUUGUUAUAAGGAUGGCUACCUUUUUUGCCUUUGUAUUUUGCUUGUGAAAACAAAAACAUGGAAAUAUCAUGAAAUCAGUGGUUCGGUCUAUUAGUUUUGCAGCUUUACUCGUUCCGACCAUCUCCCUGCAGUAACAGCGACUACACGUGACUUGUAUUAUUUUUUGUCACUUCAUUCAUUUAUUAGUUUUAAGUGAGGAGGCUCCAUCUACGUGUUACGGAUGUUUGUUGUACAAAAUUCCAAACUGCAGUGUGUCAUUGACAUAUGCAAUAGCGGUAGGAUGCACGCAAUUUCUGAUUUGAACUUCACUGCUAGACACCACAGCAUUGGAAAUACCAGUCUCUAAAAUCAGUGGAGAACAACUCGGCUAAAAAUACUAAUACUUGCAUACACACUACUUCAAUGUCUCAUAGCACAACAGCUUCAACAAUUUUGAAACUAAAAAAGGGAAAAAAUGAGGAUAUAGGGCAGAAAUUAUAUAUUUUUUAAUGAUGUUGUUUACCACUGUGUACUCGUUUUUAGCUGAUGAGUAUUUUGCUACCCUGGGGAUGUAGUUUGCCACCGGGCAUAAAUCCUAGCGACACUUAAAAGUAUAAAGUAGCAACGAGGUUUACCGUUACAAGUUAGGCUAGGGUGAAGAUUGCAUUGUAGCAAAACCUAUCCUGUGUUUCAUUCCCAAAGCCUCAGAUAUUAUACCUUCGAUGGUGAGUUCAAGUAGGACUUCGGUUCGUCCCUGCACGCGCAAGAUCCCAGGUGAGUAGAUUGGCUAUAACCAUCGUCACUGCAGCCCGCUUAAACUGAGCCCUUGUAGAGUGCUCCCUGCGGGCUAAUGAUGUCUUCUAACUGAGCUGGAGGGAGGAGUUUGAGACGAGCGCUAAGCAGACAGCUGCCGUCCAGAGCAUCAUGUCGUCCCUGAGCCUCUGCAGUGGCAAAGGAGCACUUGACUAAUAUGGUCCAUGCAGUGGGUAGCCUGUAUUUUUUUCAAGCCAGAACACCAUCCUUUAGAGUCUCACAGUCAUAGAAGAAUGUCUAGGUAUUCCAAAACAGGUGAAGUUAGUGUCUUGAGUGGUGAGGCCACGACACUCCAAGAUUUCAGAAAACGGCUGGGAUGACAACAUUUAAAGACAUAAACCUUUUAAAUGCCUGUUUUGUUUCAUAACAAAUCUAUGCAGGUCUGAUUGGCGGCUUAAAUGAUCAACGUUUUGGCUGCAGAAUGACUGGAAUUGUUGGGGGACUGCUAGUAGUCCUUGGUGUGUUCGGGAGCGCCUAGGUACGCAAUAUCUACCAGUUGUUCAUGGCUGUUGCUCUAAAUGUGCCUCAGAUAAAAACUGGCAAUGGAAACAACACGUAGGACUUCGGUGCGUUCCUGCCCUCCUACCCAGGGGAGUAUAUGGGCGAUUUUCAUCGUCGUUGCUGCCCACAUAAACCUGGCCCUCGUGGGGUGUUCCCUGCGGACUACUGAAGUCUUCUACCUGAGAUGGAGGGAGGAGUUUGAGACGAGCGCUAAGCAGACAGCUGCUGUCCAGAGCAUCGCUUGGUCUCUCAGCUGCUCCUGUGGUCUGAUCGGUGGCUUAAUGAUCAAACGCUUCAGCUGCAGAGUGACUGGAAUUGUUGGGGGACUGCUUGCAGUCACUGGGGUGUUCGGGAGCGCCUGGGUACGCAGCAUUUCCCAGCUGUACAUCACAACCAUAAUUCAUGGCGUUGGGUCGGGAAUUAUUGUCAAUGCUUCAGUGGUUGCAGUCGCCCAGAAUUUCAAGCGGCGCUUCAGGACAGCCCACGCCCUCGCUCACUCUGGCUGCGGGAUGGGGUAUAUGGUAGGGCCACCUCUUGUUCAGUCUCUCCUAGCCGACUACGGAUGGCGAGGGGGGUUGCUGAUCAUCUCUGCAAUCAUGGCGAACACCGUUGCAUUCGCCUUGCUCUUUCGGCCACCUCGCAUGCUUGAGAAGGCAGAACAGGACGCCAAUUCACAUGAAAAGCUUUCCUGGGAAAAGGAAGAGCAUUUCUCGAAGGAACAGACUCAUCCCGCACAAGAGAAUGGAGCUGAAGCUGAGAGAGGAAUCAACACCGAAACUCCUUAUGGUACAAGAGACGUAAGGGAUGCUGAGAUGAACUAUUCAGAGAUGCGUAGAAGUGCUGAAAAUGGAAACUUACGUACACAUGCUCUUCUAGAAUCCAACCAUACUGAACCAAGACCUGAAGUCAAUCUUUUGAAAAGGAUAGCAUCUGCACUGGAACUUGAUGUUUUCCGGAAAAGCUACCGCUUUAGCCUGCUUUGUCUUCUUGCAAUCGCAACCGCCAUUCCUUUCUUGGGACACGGGCCUUUCAUCAUUCCCCGAGCGCAGAAUAUUGGCGUCGCGCCCUCUGAGGCCGCGCUGCAGCUCACGUUGAACGGCAUUGGUAGCCUGCUGGGUCGCCUUGGUAACGGGCUGGUCAUCAGCUGGAAGCUCUCGUCUGAGAUCGUCUGCUUCAUCUGUGCAGCCGUGGCUGGUACUUCGCUGUUCCUUAUGAACGUUGACAGCCACGCGUGUUUGUCUGUCGCUUCCUUCCUCCUCGGCUUAUCGAGCGGUAUGUCGUACUCUGUCUUCAUUGUCAUAACUCGGCAUUACGUUGGAAGUGGAAAGUUCUCCGUUUGCUUAGGAAUUUACUACAUCUGCGUUGGUACCGGUGGAUUGCUUGGAGCGGUAACAGCAGGUUGGGUGUUUGAUGUUACAGCGAGCUACAAGGCAGUUUUCUACGUGUUGGGAGGCAUCACAUUUGCCUGUGCCGUUGUAAUGUUUCUCUUCCCGGUACUCAAGCGAGUCGAACCAGGCAUAGAUUUGAACCGUAGCCGAAAUCAUGCGAUCAACGACACCACGUUUGUGAAUACAGGACAGGGGGAACCAGGAUCUCAUGACGACGACGUGCCUAAGAUAAAACUUGCAAUGGCGACUUCACGCAUGACUUCGGUUCGUUCCUGCCCUCCGACCCGGGACAGCAUAUGGGCGAUAGCCAUCGUCAUUGCAGCCCACUUAAACUUUGCCCUCGUGGAGUGCUGUCUGCGGGCUAAUGACGUCCUCUACCUGAGCUGGAGGAACGAGUUUGAGACGAGCGCUAAGCAGACAGCUGCCGUCCAGAGCAUCAUGUCGUCCCUGACCUUUUGCAGUGGACUGAUUGGAGGCUUGAUGGUCAAACGCUUCGGCUGCAGAAUGACUGGAAUUGUUGGGGAACUGCUGGCAGUCCUGGGUGUGUUCGGGAGCGUCUGGGUACGCAGCAUCUACCAGUUGUACAUCACAGCUGCUCUAAAUGGUGUUGGUUUGGGAAUCGUUCUGAACGCUUCACUAGUUGCGGUCGCCCAGAAAUUCAAUCAGCGCUAUAGAAUGGCCAACGCACUGACGUAUUCUGGAUGUGGGAUGGGGAAAAUGGCAGCGCCACCUCUCGUCCAGUUUCUUCUAGACAGCUACGGAUGGCGAGGAGCGUUGCUGAUCAUCUCCGCAAUGAUGGCAAACACAAUUGCAUUGACCUUGCUCUUUCGGCCAACUCCACUUGAGAAGACAGAACUGAACGCAAACUCAAAUAAAGACUUUCUUUCUUUGGAAAAGGAAGAGAAUUCUUUGGAGGGACAGACUCAAGCAGAACAAGAAAAUGGAGGUGAGGUUGCCACGGCAACGGAAGCUGCUACUUCUCCUGCUACAUUGGAUGCUGACAUGAACGAUUAUGAGCUUUACACAAGUUCUCAACAGAGAAAUGUACGCACGUAUACUCCACCCCAAACCGUAAAAAGCGAUAAAAGACUCAAAGUCCCUCUCCUGAGCAGGGUAACAUCUGCGUUGGGACUUGACGUUUUCCGGAAGAGCUAUCGCUUCGGCCUGCUAUGUCUUGUUUCAAUAGUGUCAGCUAUUCCGUACUGCGGAUCUACACCCUUCAUUAUUCCCCGGGCACUGAGCUUCGGCGUGACACCUCCCAGUGCCGCGUCAAUGCUCACAGUGAACGGCAUCGGUGUACUGGUGGGUCACCUCAGCAACGGUCUGCUCAUCGGCGGGAAACUGUCGGCCGAGAUCGUCUGCUCCGGCUGCGCGGCUGUGGCUGGUGCCUCGCUGCUCCUUAUGAACGCCGAUAGCUAUGCGUGUUUUUCAGUCGGUUCCUUUCUCCUCGGCUUAUCGACAGGUGUGAUGUACGCCGUCUUUAUUGUCUUGACCCGGAAAUACGUCGAAAGUCGACAGUUCUCCGUUUGCUUAGGCAUUUACUACAUUUGCAGUGGUAUCGGGGGAUUGUUGGGACCAGUAACAGCAGGUUGGGUGUUUGAUAUCUCAACGAGCUACAAGACAGUUUACUACGUGCUAGGGGGCAUCGAGUUCGGCUGCGCUAUACUCAUGUUUCUCUUCCCGGUACUCAAGCGAGUCGAACCUGGCAAAGAUUUCGAGUCAACUGAGGCAUGAAAAAAAUGAACUGUUCAUUCACAGUCAAGAACAUUUUGCUUUGGUUUUCUUUGGAUGGAGGUUUAUUUUCAUUUUGUGUGCUCAUCUUUGAUGCUGUUUCCAUGUUUAUCAUUUGAAUUUAUAUCUCCUCUUCGUUUGUAUGGAAUUUCAUAUACAUGUACUCACACCUUUCCUAAUUGAUUCUGUUGCUAAUUUGUUUUACUCACGACAAAGUUUAUACGAAUUGUCUAUUUUUCUGCAUAUUUUCCGUCGUAUAGUAACUUCUUGACGGAGAACGGGACUACACUUAAUGGCUUAUUAUCUAUUACGAAAAGCACAAACCUUCGAUUACAAAUAAAAAUUAACAGGUAUUUUCCACGAUGGUUUAUGACCUGGUAGAUUUGCGCUUUUAGUGUAAAGAACAAGUGGACAAUAGCGUCGCAUCGUAAUUAAAGCAUAUUCGACUAAAAAUAUUUUGAGUAUCGCUCGUUCGGAAGAGUACGUUAUAACCAGGGAUCAUGAACAAAAUGAACAUGCUAACUACCUCAGCGAUCAUAUCUUCGUUACCGUUUCCAUUUGUUCAGCACUGUUCAGGUUCGGCAUUUUUAAGCCGUUCCCAGAAUGUACUGAUGGUCACAAAGCAAAGUUCACACUGAUAGGUUGUUUGGGCGAGUCAACUUAUUUGCAGCGUCGUCACGUACACGAAACCUAAACCAUUGGACCCAGACAAGGGUAAAAGGUCAACGGCACUUUUCAUGGGCUCCCUUUAGCACUUGUUUUAUUUCCAGCCUAGCCGUAGCCAACUAGAUGCAGAAAUG